AUGAGUGAUAAAAUUUUAAUGUCUCUCAAGAAUAUUGAGUUAGAAGCCAAAAAUUCGGACCUAAAAAAAACCUGUCAACAUGUUGUGGAGUUGAUAAAAAAUGAUAUAACCCAAGUCGACGUGGUGAUAGAUGAAUUGUCGGAGUUCAUUCUAAAUUUUGAAGAUGCACAUUUAUUCAAGAAGUACCUCUCAAACAUACUCUUGGCUCUGGUUACCCGUAAGAUUCAAUUAAAACCUGUGUUUUCAAGUACUAACUACGAUCAGUGUACGGAUUUAGAAAAAACUCAUCAUUUGGAAUUUUCCAUAAUUUUGGCUCUCCUAAGUGACCACCCUGACAUUUUACAGUAUGCCUUAAAAUACUUUGAGAUCAACGCUAUACCUCCAUAUGAAGUGUUUAUACAUCAUGAAGAUUCUUACAAUGUAGCGCCCAAAAAACGAAGACUGCUGGACUAUCGGCAGAAAAUAACAGACUAUCACAUAGUAUCAUGUUCUUAUACACUACUCAGUAAAUUGCCCAAUGAGCUGUCAAUGAAAUGGGACUGGACAAAGUUUCUUGUCAAUUUUAGUAAUCAUGACAAUGCUGAAAUACGAUGGAUGGUGAAAGAAUGUAUGGUCAUUAUAACAAACAUGACAGAGGCACAAUCAAAAACAUUAGCAAAAAAUUUAAUCCUUACCGAACAGGAUGAAAUAAAAAAUAUACCUCUUGUAAAAGAAACAUAUAUAAUAGAUGGGAAUUUAAAUGCCCUUAAUGUAAAUUCAACCAAUGUCGUCAAUAUUGAUGGCAUAUUGUUACCAAUAUAUGAUAAGAAUUAUGUUCAAUCUCAUCACUUAGUCCCUGUUAAGUCAACUUUAAAAAAUUUGAGGAGUUUGGCUUUAGCUGUGGCGUCAGGCAAAGCUCUUUCAUUAAUGGGCCCAGUUGGUUCAGGCAAAACUUCUCUAGUAGAACAUUUGGCAGCUAUAACCGGUCGUAAAGGAGUAGCAUUUAAAAAAGUCCAGCUCGGUGAUCAAACUGACUCUCGGAUGUUGCUAGGCUCUCAUCAAUGUACUGAUGUUCCCGGUGAAUUUGUAUGGGCACCAGGAGUACUUACUGAGGCAGUACAAAAUGGGCACUGGCUGUUAUUGGAGGACAUUGACUGUGCAGCUUUGGAUGUAGCUUCCACAUUAAGUUCCUUGUUAGAAAGAAACACUCUUUGUGUACCUGGCUAUAGAGAUGCUUUACCAGUAACACCAGGUUUUCAAUUAUUUGUCACGCAGAGGACUAUAGUCACGAAUUACGGAUUUCAAAAGAAAAUGUCUAAUUCGAGUACACUCCUGCAAAAGCAUUUGACUCAAAUAAAUGUUGAACCGUUAUCUCAAUCAGAAUUAGCUGAAAUUAUACAAAUCAAGUAUCCCAGUCUUACAACGAUUUGUUCAAGGAUGAUAGAAGUAUUUUUAAUGUUUUCGGUAGGCAGCCAUGACGCUUCUUUACAAGCCACCGAUACCAGUGAAAAAGAAACAAAUGUAGUUGUAAUGAGAGGUUCAAGACUGAUAUCUACAAGAGAUCUAAUGAAAUGGUGUGCUAGAUCGGUUGUAGGUUUCAAUGUUUCAAGUCCCGAUUCUGCUCUUAAAGUACUUCAAGACGCUUUAGAUAUUUUCACUUGUUCAAUAUCUUCACCAGAACAUAGAUUAGCAUUGUCAAAGAAAGUCGGAACAUGUUUGGGCAUUGUUGAAACGAAGUCAGAAUUUUACUGCAAACAUUAUAAACCAAAUGUAUCACUACAUCCUAAUUCAUUAGAAGUAGGAAGAUCUAAAGUUCCUCGAGUUGAAAAACGUUUGGACCAGAUUGAUUUUAAUAAUAAAGAAGUUGUAUUUUCGUUUACGCGCCAAUCUGCCUGCUUACUAGAAAAAAUCGCGUGUUGUGUAACAUCAAACGAGCCAGUUCUUCUAGUAGGAGAAACUGGUACUGGUAAAACGUCAUCAAUACAAUACUUGGCUAGACAAACAGGUCAUAAACUUGUGGUUAUAAAUAUGAACCAACAGUCAGACUCAGCUGACUUACUUGGAGGCUACAAACCUGUAGAUCUCAAGUAUGUUAUACGGCCGAUAAAAACGGAAUUCGUAGAUAUGUUCAAAGGUUUUUAUAAUGUAGAAAAGAAUAGAAAGUUUCUAAAUCAUAUAGAGACAUGUUAUGAUACGGAAAAUUGGACUGCAUUGUUAACUUUAAUGAAACAAAGCCAUAAAGCAGCAGUGAUCCGUUUGACAAAUGAGAAAAAAGAAGAUAAGUUAAAAGUUUGGUUAGCUUUUGGACAUAAACUAAUGAAAUUGGAGCAACAAGUAAAGGCCGCCACGAGAUUGACAUUUGCGUUUAUCGAAGGCUCUCUCGUAAAAGCUAUGCAACACGGUUAUUGGGUGUUGCUCGAUGAAAUAAAUUUAGCAUCAGCAGAAAUAUUGGAAUGCCUUGCUGGGUUAUUGGAAGAUAAAAAUGAGAGUAUAGAAUUACUUGAGAAAGGUGACAAAGUUCCUAUUAAAAGGCAUCCUGAUUUCACACUGUUUGCGUGUAUGAACCCGGCUACAGAUGUUGGAAAAAAAGACCUUCCAGUAGGCUUGCGAAACAGAUUUACAGAAUUUUUCAUUGAUGAACUUACUGAAAGAAAUGACUUAAUGUUGCUUAUAGGUGAUUACUUGUAUCACAUGAAUUUAAGUGGAGUAAUUUUAGAAGCAAUUUAUAAUUUUUAUGCCUCUAUAAAAAAAGAAGCCAAACUGAAUCUAGUCGAUGGAGCAGGUAACGCACCGCAUUAUUCUUUGAGAACGCUUUGUAGAGCUCUUUCGGCUGCAGCUAAAGCUAAGUGUGGCACAAUAGCUAGGUCUCUUUAUGAGGCCUUUUGUCUUUCAUUUCUUACACAAUUAGAUAGAUCAUCUCAUCCAAAAGUCGAGGCUAUGAUUGCCAAGGCUGUUAUAGGAAAGAAGAAUGUAAAUUCAGUGCUCAAGCAAUCGAUUCCAGAACCAAGGGUAGAAGGUCAAAACUACUUACUCUUUGAAGGGCAUUGGAUUCCUCAAGGAAAACUAGAAAUAAAUGUUCCUGACGGCUAUAUACUGACCCCCACUGUACGCAAGAAUCUACGGGAUAUUGCCCGCAUCAUAUCUUUGGGCAGGUUGCCUAUUUUACUUCAAGGUGAUACUUCUGUUGGAAAGACAUCCCUUAUCACUUACAUUGCCAAAGCUUCGGGCAACUACUGUGUCAGGAUAAAUAAUCAUGAGCACACAGAUCUACAAGAGUACAUAGGUUCAUAUGCAACAGAUUCUAGUGGCAAUUUAGUUUUUAAGGAAGGUGUUCUAGUUGAAGCAAUGAGGAAAGGAUAUUGGAUAAUUCUCGAUGAAUUAAAUUUAGCCCCAAGUGAUGUGUUAGAAGCGCUAAAUCGUGUUCUAGAUGAUAACCGUGAAUUAUUCAUUCCUGAAACGCAGCAAGUUGUCAGAGCUGAUCCUAACUUUAUGCUUUUCGCAACACAGAAUCCUCCCGGUUUGUAUGGUGGUAGAAAAAUGUUGUCUAGAGCUUUUAGAAAUCGUUUUGUUGAGCUUCAUUUUGACGAAAUACCAAGAAAAGAAUUAGAAACUAUUUUGCAUCAAAGAUGUCAUAUUCCUCCGACAUACAGUAAAAAGAUGAUUCAAGUGAUGGCAGAGUUACAGGUUAGAAGACGGGGUUCUGCUGCUGUUCAAGGCAAAGAUGGUUUUAUAACGUUAAGAGAUUUAUUUAGGUGGGGUCAGAGAUAUAAACACGCUUCGAAAGAUGCAUUAACAACAGAAAAGUUUUAUGAUUGGGACCAACAUAUAGCCGAUGAGGGUUAUCUUAUUCUGGCUGGUAAAGUACGUCAGACAGAUGAAAGAAACAUCAUUGAAGAAGUUAUUGAGAAACAUAUAAAGAGGAAAGUAAAUCCGGAUAAUCUUUUUAGUCUACAUCCAUCUACUUCUCCUGUAACUAAACCUAUUUUAGAAAUGCUUCUUAAUAAUCAACUUGCUGAAUUUUCACAUAUUGUGUGGACGUUUAAUAUGAGAAGAUUAGCGGUUUUGAUAGCAAAAGCUUUUAUUUAUAACGAACCAGUGUUAUUAGUUGGAGAAACAGGGUGUGGCAAAACUACGAUUUGUCAAGUUUUGGCAGCACUAAGUCAGAGACAACUACUUUCUGUAAAUUGUCACAUGCAUACAGAAAGUUCUGAUUUUCUGGGCGGACUGCGUCCAGUACGGCAAUAUAAAAAUGAUGGUAGAUUAUUUGAAUGGGUAGACGGACCUUUAAUAAAAGCUAUGGAAAAUGGCCAUUUGUUUUUGGCCGAUGAAAUAUCUUUAGCUGAUGAUAGUGUUUUGGAAAGACUUAAUUCUCUUCUUGAACCAGAAAGACAACUCGUUCUUUCAGAACGAGGUAUGGAAGACAGUUCAGAUAUCGUGAUAAUAUCUGCGACUGACAAUUUUCAUUUCAUUGGUACUAUGAAUCCAGGAGGCGAUUUUGGUAAAAAAGAGCUGUCGCCAGCUCUACGUAAUCGGUUUACAGAAAUAUGGUGUGAUCAUGUAAGCUCUAGAGAAGAUUUACUAAAAGUACUCGAAAAAAGUGUUGGUAAAGGUGUUGCAUUAGGAAACCAAGAAGAUUGCAGUUCAGGUAUAGGCAGUUGCAUUUUGGACUUUACAGAGUGGUUAAAGAGUUCAGAAGUAACAAACAAAUUCCCAUUCAGUAUACGCGACUUACUGUCAUGGGUUCAAUUUAUUAAUGUAACAGUAACUAAAGGUCUAUUAGACGUGUGUGAAGCAUACGUCCACGGCGCUUGUAUGACGUUUUUAGAUUGCUUUGGCACAACAUUAACUGGCCAUAUCGAUUCAGAAACGUUAACUCUUUUACGGAAAAAUGCUAUAGAGUUCUUACUUAAUCAAAUUAAAACUUUCGGUAAUGAAAAUUUGGACACUUUAAGAGAUGUAUUAAGUAACAAGAAGUUAAUGCUUAAAGCUGAAGAAAAUGAUUCUAAGUUCGGCAUAAAACCAUUUUUCAUCGAAUGUGGGCCUCAUAAAAACGUAGACGAUAGGCAACCAUUUACAUUUACUGCCCCAACCACUGGAUCUAACGCUCUGCGUUUAUUACGAGGCUUGCAAUUAAAUAAGGCUAUUCUUUUGGAAGGGAAUCCAGGAGUCGGAAAAACUAGUCUGGUUACAGCUUUAGCUAAAGCAUCUGGACAUAAAGUUAUUCGUAUCAACCUAAGUGAUCAAACAGACAUAACAGACUUAUUUGGAACUGAUUUGCCAUUCGAAGAUGGAUCAUUUACUUUCAAGGAAGGAGCUUUCUUAAACGCCCUUCAAAAUGGACACUGGAUACUUCUAGACGAACUGAAUUUGGCUCCACAGCCAGUUCUCGAGGGACUUAAUGCUUGCCUUGAUCAUAGAGGUGAAAUAUUUAUCCCAGAAUUAGGAAAAACUUUUAAAGUUAAGGAACAAACUAAAUUAUUUGCCUGUCAAAAUCCUUUGAAACAAGGUGGUGCCAGAAGGGGAUUACCAGUUUCAUUUUUAAAUCGGUUUACUCAAGUGUAUAUUGAUACCCUGACAAAGGAAGAUCUCUUGUUUAUAGUAGAAUCGCAAUAUCAUCAGUUGCCUAAAGACAUUCUUCAUAAAAUUGUUAAAUUUAACUGUAGAGUGGCUUACGAAAUCACUCAACUGCAAUCUUGGGGGCAUAAGGGUGGACCAUGGGAAAUGAAUUUGAGAGAUAUUCAAAGGUGGUGUGAAGCCUUAAUAAAUGACGGUAAAUGUGGCCAGAAAAUAGCCCCAGGAAAAUUUGUUGAUAUGUUAUAUGUAAAUCGCAUGAGAACCGAAGAAGACAAGAAUAAAAUGAUGCAAAUAUAUGAUGAAAUAUUUUGUCCAGUUUAUCCCAGAAGUUACUGUAAUCCACAGUUUGAUAUGAAAGAUGAAGAAAUCAUCAUAGGAGAUGUUAGCCUACAGAGAAAUAGAGAGAAACUGUUCAAAAAUAGAAGAUCAUUAGAAACUAACUUGUUAAUACUUAGAAAUCAAUUGCCAGCUUUAAAAUCUUUAGCUCAAAAUAUAAAAAUGAAUUGGCUCUCAAUACUAGUUGGCCCGACAGCUACCGGUAAAAGCAGCAUUGUUCAAGUUUUAGCGGAUCUAUCUGGGAACGAACUUCACGUGGUACCGGUCACUUCGGCGAUGGAUGUUUCAGACUUAUUAGGAGGCUUUGAGCAAGUAGACUAUAAUAGAAGUCUCGAAAACCUUUACGAUGAAAUCGAAACUAUAACAAUACAAAUAGUGAGAAAUUUAUGGUUAACGAGACAAACCAAGCAAUGGAGAUCUGAUCAACUGUUGAGUAAUCUCUACCAUUAUAAAUCUUACCAAUCUCAUUUUGUUGAUAAAAAAUUCACAGAUAAAGAAGUCAAAAAAUUCAAAGAAAAAUUAAACUUUCUCUAUGAACAUUGUAAGAAAUUGUUAGAAUAUAUUAAAUCAUGUCGUAUAUCGUGUGAAAAAAUUAGCAAAGUUUUAGAUAACUUACAAAAGCUAGAAACGAAAGUAUCGAAUCAAUUGUCUGUGAAUGCGGGUGGGAAAUUUGAAUGGGUAGAUUCUUUGCUUGUAAAAACAAUGGUUGAAGGAUCGUGGUUACUACUAGACAACGUAAAUUUAACAUCGGCCGCCGUAUUAGACAGAUUAAAUGGAUUAUUAGAACCAAACGGAGUUCUAAAUAUACCGGAACGAGGAGAACUAAGUGAAAUUAAACCUCAUUCAAACUUUAGAGUAUUCUUUACAAUGGAUCCAAAGUACGGCGAAAUAUCGCGAGCCAUGAGAAACAGAGGUGUCGAAAUUUUCCUACUGAGGCCUGAAGAUUGGGACUUGGGAUUGUCAGAAACAAUGGACUACAUGGAUUUAGUCGCUCUACUUUCUUCUUGCGGACUUCCCAACCAGUAUCAUGAUAUAUGUAUACGAUGUCACGAAUCGUUGACAACAUUUGUCCAAGGUUUGGACCGUCCCACUGUUUCACAUUUACUCCAAGCCUCCUAUUUAACAUGGCAACAGCUUCUUCGCGGUAUAUCGAGUAAAACUGCUUUAUUAAACAGUUUUUCAGAUGUCUACAUAAAACCAAGAAGUGGGAGUGACUUUGUUAGUUCCGUUAACAUGUCUCUUGCGGAAAUGAAAAAUACGAUGUUGAAAGCUUUAGAGUUAGAACUAGAAGCCGAAGAAUAUGAACCCAUCGUCCAUCAAGAUGUUAGUCACACAUUAACUGUUAAAGGAUUGUGUACUAAUUCUGCAUGUGAAAUAACUAAACAAAUUGCAUAUUCAACGCUUAUCCAAUCGAAUGAAGAUAUAUCUACCGACAACGCUUUAACGUCCUUGUUUUGCACGUUGACCGCUUAUCAAAGAUGUCCACAAGAACUAUUAAAUAUAUUCAAUUAUAUGUUAAAAUUUGAUGUAAAAACAAAUAACAAAAACAAAUUGCGUGCCUUGACUUCUAAGUUGAAUGAAUCGGCUUUUGAUUGUGUGAAAGGCAGUAAAAAACUUGAAUCCUAUAAAAGAUUUUUCACAGAAACCUACACAUUGGAUAGCGAUGUUCUAUGUAAAGUGAAUGCAGAAUUUUUGCAACUUUAUUUGCAUUUAAAAAAUAUCGUUAUAAAGUACUUCUUGCCAACUAACGGUUUCUCCGCAUUUAAUUACUGUUCUGCCGUUGCUGAAGGAAAAUUAAGUGACGAUUUUGUAGAAUACCCUAUUUUGAAAAAUUGUCAAACCUACCUUCGAAUAGUCGACAAUUACAUUGAAAAUUCAAUAAAAUAUGGUAUAACUUCAUUGAGCGAUGACUUCGUGUGCCUGCUACUCCAAUUACUCAAUUGGCGCGAUAGAUACAUAAAAAUAUGUUCUACAUCGAUAUUUGAAAAAGCAAGAAAUAAAAGGACACCAAUUUUAAAAGAGGAAAUUAUUCCACUGUUAGACGUUCAUUGUAAAUGGGUUGGAAAAUAUUUAAUGGGGGAAUUGUUCAGGAUCCCAGCCAACAAAAAUUUCAUGGACAAUUUUCUAAAGGAAUUAGAUAGUAUAAAUUUGAACAACAAUCAAGAUUGCUCAAAGAUCGCUAAAGUUAGUAAAAAAUUAAGAAAAUAUUAUGGACAACCAAAAUUGUAUCAAAAUCAAAAUGAAUAUGAUUUAUGUAUUGCCAAAGCAGAUCUGUAUAACAAAACACAUUUAGAUAUGAACGAGCCUGUAGACAGACAAUUAACUAAAAUAUCGGCAGAUCCUGUAUACUUAUCUGAUAUAGCUUUAGCUUUCGACGUCCCAGAUGACACAGUAGUUCAAGGAAUUCAAGACUAUCUAAAGGAAAUAACACAAAGUAUCACCAAAACAAAGAAAUUAAAACCUGAAGUACAGCUGUUACCUAUUAGCAUGUACAUAGUACAAAGACUGAUUACUGUACUACAGCCAUUUUUAAUAAAUGUUAUCACAAAAUUAAUUGAAGACGAAGAAAAUACGUUAAAAAGUAGUGCGUUUAGAAGUGACGCCGUCGCUACAUUAUCAGAUUUGCUUAUUUACAUAAAAACUAUCACAGGAUUUCCUCCACUGUUACUUAAUCAACUCCAAGUGAUUAAGAAAGUUCUUGGUGGAGAUCAAGAAGUUGUACAACAAAGGAUUUCGUCACUCCCUGUAACAUUUGUAACAGAAAUUUUCAAACUAUCUUCGAAUUCUCCAGCAAACUAUCCUUUACCAUUUUUGAAUAUAAAUGAUUCGGUCGACACUGAAGAUAUUUCUGAGGCAAUUCCUACACACACUAAAAGGGUCUCAAACAAUUUACCUUUGAUGCCCUACUACCUUCAGGAAAUAACAACAGUUGUAGACAAACCUGGUACACUGCCAACUCUGGCGUUUGAAAGCACAAGUCUUAAAAAUCGAGUUGAGUAUUCAAUGAAAAUGGAAAGUGUAUUAAAUGUUUUAUGGAAAAAUAUUGGUACGUUGGAUGCUGCGGCUGAAAUGAAAUUGAAAUCUGAUGCUACAUUUGAACAACAAAGAUACCAAUAUUUACUAAAAUGUUUGCAUUCCAUUAUAUUUGAGAAAAAUAAUAUCGAAGAAAAUUCUUUACCAUCGUCGAUUGACACAACGCAAUCUUUACAAAGUUACUUCAAAGAGGAUAAGCAAGUAUUAGAGAUGUUUUCUACAGCGGAUAACAUAUAUCGACAACUUUUGGAAAUUGGUACCCAAGAUAUAAAUGAUGUUAUAAAAAUAAAAAUAAAAAUGCUUACGGCGCAACUAUCGCUUUUGACCAGUCUUAUCUUUGUUAGAAUAAUGGCUGAAAUAAGUGCCAUAGACCACGUAGAAAAGUAUCGUCUUAAAGUGCAGUACAUUGAAGAGGAUGUGCGUAUGUUUGAUAAACUGUUAAGUGUGUAUUACAUGUACGGUAUCAUAUCCGGUACCAUUAGCGAACAAAGGAAUGUAGAGAAGGUUUUGGAUGUAACUUCAGAGUGGUACAAAGAAGGGUCAGUAAAUAGGGAAAAGUUGAAAAAGGUGCAUCCAUAUUGUCAGAUUCUAAUGGAUUUAAAAGAUAAAACUGCUCAGAGAGUGCAUAAAUAUGCGUCUGGUAAUACUUUUAGACCUAAAGAACCUUCUUACAAUAACUUUGUCAAGGACUGUAAACAUUUCACAAAAUCAGUCUUAUCAGACAAAACAGUGACGACAACAUCCACAAACUUGAUAGCAAUUUGUAACAAACUGUACGAAGCUAUAGAGACAAAAACGCAUGACAAAUCAACUAUACAAUAUGCUCAGAAUGUGAUUAAGGAGACGUCAUCUUGGGUGUAUUCAACUAAAGCGUUCACUAAAAAAGUUGACACAUCUUAUUCCGAAGCUUUCCCAGAUCUGGCAAAACCUCUACAGAACUCACUGUAUCAAAUUAUUUACAGUGUUACAUCGUUAAAUGAUUUGAUUCGAGAAUUUGUAGUAAAGGUAGAACAAGGUCCAAAUUUGCAUAACAUAUUAACAUCUCUCAUGACUUACCCAGAUAACAUUCCUUCUAAAGAUGCAAGGGAAAAGCAUCUUAAUCGGUUUUUAUCGGCUAACUUCUUGCAACUUUUGAAUAGAAAUGUUAUAGCUGUGAAUGAGGAUCUGUACCAAGCUGAGUUGGAGUGUCUCCAAGUAUUGAAAAUGAAUUUAUCUGAGCUCAGUAUGAAUGGCAUCGCAUUCGAACGUAUAGACAAAGUGAUGAUAGAUGCAGUAUUAAAUACUCUCGAUGCUCUUGUAAAAGCUUGGGAGAAACAGAGACAGCAGAUCGAGAAACAGAAGCAGGACGAAGAGGCGCUAUAUGUGACAAAGUCUAAAUGCGAAGAUGAAGACGAGGAAGCCAUAGCAUACGAAGAAAUCCUGGAAAUGUUCCCGUCUUAUUCCGAAGUCGAUUUCGCUGAAUUCAAGCCCCCAUCGCUCGAACAAAAGAAAGUAAAAGUCCCGACAAUAGACAGACCCAAAUAUUUAAUAAACUCUGAUGACGUAUCACUUAUUUAUCAGUGGCAUUCAAACUUCGUACGAAGUAUGACUCGCGCGGAAUGGUUAACCAGUCCAAAGAGAUUGGUAGGGAAUGACGUUGUCACACCAUUGCUACAGCGGUAUCCUAUAUUUAGCAAGGUUAUACAAAAAGCCUGGGACGCUUUGGAUGUUGAAUUCGAAGGCACGAUUACUCCAAGUUUGAUAGUUUUAGUGUCACAUAUUAAGGCGAAAGUUGAUGGUAGUGACACAUCAAACCAGAAACUGGAUUUCUAUCGUUCGCCAUGGGUGUCUGAAACAAAGGAAUGUCUACCAUUAUUGCAGCGAGUAAAAGACAGUACCAACGAAUUACUGAAUCAGUGGCCUGACUUCCCGACUCUAAAAGAUAUUAUAGUAAUAGUUGACAGGAUCCUUGGCUUCCCAGUCACAAGUCCUGUAGCUCGGUUCCUAACGGGAUUGGAAUUGCUCAGAGAUAAAAUUGAGGAGUGGAAUAAGAACGCUCACAAAGGAAACAACUUGAUCGAUAUAUCUCUAGCAGUUGGACAGCAAAUUAUUAACUGGAGAAAGCUCGAGAUGAGUCAUUGGAAGGAAUGUCUCAAUAAUCUCUACCAACGGAAACAGUCCGAAGCACACAAAUACUGGUUCUACAUGUACGCAGUUAUUAAUUCAUAUUUGGACCCUAAAUCUGACGAGUCGGUGUCAUCGGCUAGAGUAGUCAAUGUUUUGAAGGAUUUCAUGGAAAAAUCUAAUCUGGCAGAAUUUGAAGUGAGGUUGGAUAUCGUGUUUGUGUAUCACUGCCAUCUUGUGCAUUUGGAACGCAGUGAACGACGAGAUGAACUUCUAUCAAUACUAUGGAACACGUACAACUAUUAUGCUCAGUUUUCCGCUCAAGUAGCGACGUUUAUCAAAGAGAAACGCGCUCCGAUUGAGAAGAAAUUACGUGAUUUCGUCAAAAUCUGCACCUGGGACCGAGAUCUUAGUUACUGGAGCGUCAAAGACACUGUGGAGAAAGCUCACAAGGCACUCCAUAAACAUACAAAGGAGUUUGAGAAAGUUCUCAAAGAAAGUGUAACAAGCUGUCUAGUAGACAAUACAAGUGAGGUAGGCUCGGACCACGUUGGUAUAUGGGACCGGCCUAAGAGAGCUACGUUAGCGAACGCCACUGGAGGAGCCUAUAUGAUUGAUGUGCAGAACCAUAUCGUACUGGCGAGGAAUAUUAAGGUGAGGAAAUACUUAGACCAAUCAGAACAGCCCUGCAAUAUAAUAUCAGAAGAUAGUCUUUUAUCUAAAAUUCCGUCACUACUCAACAAAGCCAAGACCUUAUGUAAGGACACAAUCAUAAACACGGGGUAUCCAGCAUUAGUUCAAGCAUUGGAUGACUUUGUUACACUUGUCAUUGAGACUAGUGCGCAUUUGGGAUCUUUAGAGGUGGAUUCAUCAGCUGAAAAAGAGAAACAAAAAUCACAAGCGAAAAAUAUAGUUCAGCAGAAACGAAAAGCGCUCGCCGAUCUCUUCAAAUAUCUUUCAAAAAUGGGCCUCAACUAUCGCACCGGUUUGGUCAUUCUGGCCGCUUCGGAAGAAUUGUACGACUUUACCAUUCCACCCGUUGAUUUGGAUGCGGCGAUGAAGUAUUUAAAAACCAGACGCUGUGACCCAACACUAACGAUGCUGUGGUCUGGUUGCGAGAAGUACUUCCAGAAGAACAUCGCAAGACAUCGCCUGUUCACGUCUGCGAUGCAGUCGCCUCACAGUGACCUCGGCUUACAAAACAUCGAACGGUGUAAGGGAUUCGCUGCACAGCUAUUGAAAUUAACAAAUAGUCAGAAAAAGUCAAUUUCGAAAUACACCAGACACAUUUGCGAUUUACGCAAUGUAACCACAAAUCUAACGAACGCUCUCGAAGCGGAUGUCAGUAACACUAACAUUACGACGUUGAAAGAAAAACUUAAUAUUCUAGUCGAAUGCUACGCACAAGCCAGUAUUUUAUUAGAUCAAUUCACUAUUGUACUAAAAUCUCUCCCCGAAGUAACUGCUAGGUCUUCUUCUGAACCUGAAUUUGAUUUAAUUUUAUCUGAUUCGCCGAUAUCUCGUUGUUACAACAAUACUGACGAUUUCUGUGAACUAUAUAAAAAAGUAAAGGCCAUUAUAUCGACAGUUGAUAAACAGAAAACUUCUCUACACAAACUGACUAACGCCAGCCCGAAAAAAAUUGGAGACUCCGUUGAAUUCAGUGUUGUUUCUCAAAGCCACAUAGACAUAAUAAAUGAGGUUAAAAUGAAUUUGACUAAAAUUAUCGAUGGUAGUGACGCAAUAUUAAAGGAGUACGACUUUAAACUCACGAACAAUUUUUUUAACGAUUAUAAAUCACGACAUCCACUGUUACGUGGUCUAGAAAACUUGGUUAAAUAUUUGAAAGAAACGGUGACAGAACUUGAUAAAUUGGACCAACCGAUUGAUCAAGAAAUGGACGAUUUAUGCUCAACUACAAUAGUCACGCAAGCAGAAGACAUCGCAGCCACAAUGCUACUAAUAAUCCAAUCGAUAUACAAGAAACAUUUGCCGCUCGAGAAGAGUGUUGAGAACAUGGACGUCCUAAACGCAAUCGAUGAAAUAAUCGAUGAAAAAAAUAACUCGAAAGAUGAACCGAAAGAAAUACUAGAAGAUAAACAUCUAAAGGAACUGUUGCACGAAAAGUUAUCUACUGAUACAAAAUUAUUACAACUGGAUACAUUAAUAAACAAAAUGCAACAUUUGUUAGCUAAUUACGUUCAGUAUAUCGCUACCAGACCAGAUGCGGAUGAAGUGAGAACCGCAGUUAUGAGAUUGGUUCCAAUAUUGGAACAAGUUGUUUUGUUUGUGCAAUAUUUUGUGUCGCAGAAAGUAGCGGUGCACAGAGUGUCGUGUAAAAUGCUAUCAGUGAUUUUGAAAAUAUUUUCCGAUCUCGCAAUUAAAGGGUUCUGUAAGCCAUCGGAUCUCGACAUGGAGGAAGGUGAUGGUGACGGUGGUCCAGGGAAACUUUCCGGUGGGAUGGGCCUCGGGGAUGGGGAGGGUCAAAAAGAUGUCUCUGAACGAAUUGAGAAUCAGGAUCAACUAGAUGACGCUCAUCGUCCAGGAGAGGAGAAGAAGCAAGAAGACAGAGAUUGCAAAGAAGAAGAGAAAGGAGUUAACAUGACUGACGACUUCGAUUCUCACUUACAAGACGUCGAGCAGAAAGGCGAAGACUCUGAUCAAGACGAUGGCAACGAUGACGCGGACAAACAAAUGGGUGAAACUGAAAAUGCCGCUGAUAAACUAGAUCAACAAAUAUGGGGUUCAGAAGACGAAAACGAAGAAGAUGACCAAGGUAAGAAGGAUAAAGAAGAGCGCGGUAAGGGAGAGAGUACGGGGGAGAAGGAGAUGGCUGCGAAAGAGCAGGAGCAGGGGACCGAUGAUGGGACCGAGGGGAAAGAGAAGCAGAAGAAGGAGAUUAAUGAAAUGAAUGAACCGGAGGUUGAUGACGACCACAUUGAUCCGUAUCAUGGAAAUGAACAACAACUCCCAGAACCAGAGGACUUCGAAAUGCCUGAUAACAUGAACAUGGAUGGCGAAGAAGGUGAAGAUGAUAAGGAUGGCGAAACUGAAACAGAGAAUCCAUUUGAAAUAGACGCAAUGAAAGAAACAAUACCGGAUGAAGAGGAAUCUCAGGAAAAAGAAGAAAAGGGCAACAAAAAUGGUCUAGAAGUUUCCAGCGAUGAAGAAGAUGGAGCUGAUGAUAAUGAGAAAGAGAUUGGUGAGGAGCAAAACGACCAGGAACAGGAGACAGACGCUCAAGAAGACAAAGAUAAUGAAAAUAACGAAACUGAAGAUGGCAACGAAGCAGAUGAAAACACUAAACCUGAUCAAGACAAUCUAGAAACUGAACCUGAACCUGAAACAAGUGAAGAAACUGAAAACGAAUCAAAAGAUAAUGAGAAUUUACCACAAAAUCCUGAUGAUAUUGACGAAAAUGAUGAGAAACAGGAUAAGUCACAUGAAUCGAAUCCUCAAGCUAAUCCGUCCAAUGAUGAUCCUACAGCUGAGGAUAAAGCAGAAAAUGCUGAAAUGGAGAGAGGAACUAAUGAUAAUGUGGAGACCAAUACUGAACAAGCUAAAGAUGAAGAUGCUGCCCCAUACGAGCAAGCCCAAGAACAAGUAGGUGAAGAUAUACAAUCAACUGGUAGAUCAGAAUUAGAUAAAAGUGACAAAGGACAUCGAGGAGAGAAGCAAGCGGCAAGAGCGGAAAGGUCACAAGAUAAUCAGAAAAGAUUUGAAAAUAAACCGGGAAGGACAGACCAGGAACGAACGCUUGGAGAUGUAAAUGAAAAGAAAAACAAAAAAGCACACACGCUUAACGUCGAACAAGAAGACGCUGAAGAGGGCGGUGAAUCUGAACAGAACAAAGAUAAAGAGGCGGACGCUUACCAACAUGUAAAACAGGCAAAUCAAGAUGAUGUACAGAUGGUCGACGCUGCAACAAAAGAGCAAGCUGAUGAACAGCCGACAUUGCAAUAUGAAGACGAAGAAGCCGAUGAUCUGAAGGAAGAUGAAGAGGUUCCAAUGGAGGUCGAUGAUGAUGACAUUCAGGUAGAAAAAUCGGAAGAAAUGAAAUCAGAAAAAAUGAAAGAUGGCGCAGAUAAAGAUAAAGAUAAGACGGGAAAUAAGAAAGACGGUGCUGAUGAGGCUUCCGGUGAAACCGGAAUCGAAGUAGAAGGCGAGAAAGUUUUAACAACUAGCGUACCGAGGGGAACGGACACUACUUAUCAUACGAGAAUCGAAGAUUCGGUGCAGCGUGUAGAAGACAUGUCCGUACAAGAGUACAUGAGCAUCAGACAGUGGUUGGAGUGUGGCUCCUCACAGGGUAGUGUUAGUGCGGCGGCCGUGUGGCGUUCCGUGUGGAAGGACUCCGGGGACGCGGCCCGGGCCUUGUGUGAGAGACUUCGGCUUGUACUGGAGCCCACGGGACGCUCUCGACGAGCUGGUGAUUUCCGCACCGGUCGCGCUAUCAACAUGCGUCGGGUGAUCCCAUACAUUGCAUCGCACUUCCGUAAAGACCGCAUCUGGUUGCGAAGGACCAAGCCCGCUAAGCGAGAAUACAAAAUCGCUAUUGCUAUCGACGAUUCGAGCUCUAUGGCCGAUAAUAGGAGCAAAGAACUGGCCUUUGAAAGUUUGGCUUUAGUCUCACAGGCUCUGAAUCUUCUCGAAUCUGGCGAUCUAGCGGUGUUAAGUUUCGGCGAAAAACCCAACCUACUACAUCCAUUCACGGAACAAUUUUCCGAACAUUCCGGCGCUAAGAUAUUAGAACAAUUGCGCUUCGAACAAACGAAGACAAAAAUAGCUCAAUUAUUAGAUUUCUGUACAGUUAUGUUCGAUCAGCAAUCUAUAAGGAGUGACGCAUUAAAUGCAAAGUUAUUAGUCAUCGUCAGCGACGGUAGAGGAAUAUUCUCUGAAGGAGAAACGAGAGUCUUACAAUCAGUUAGACGAGCGAGACAGCAGGGUAUAUUUUUGGUGUACGUGAUCAUUGACAACCCUGAUAAUAAGGAUUCAAUAAUGGACAUAAGGAGGCCGAUUCUGGACCCAGUUACGAAUUCCCUAUCAGGAUUUAUACCAUAUUUGGACACAUUCCCGUUUCCAUUUUAUCUUAUUUUACGGGAUAUGAACGCGUUACCUUCGGUAUUAGGGGACGCUUUAAGGCAAUGGUUCGAACUAGCUGCGAACACCGCUAGCUAGCCGUUAUAUAAAAUAAAAUUGCCAAUUUAUGUACAUAGCUAAAAGAUAAAACUUAUAUAGAUUAAGGUGAAAUUUACCUGUAAGUUACGUAAAAAUUAAGGAAAAAGAAAAUAAUGUAGCAAUAAGUUUUCAAAGACGUAAAUAUGUUUUACUUUUGUUAAAGAAAUUUGACAAAGAUUUACUAUUUUCAAAUAAAAGUAUUAAUUAAAA